GAAAUUUUCUUUUUACCUUUAUUGUUAGUUACCUAUUUACCGUUAUUAUUUAUUGAUCAAACAAGUUCAAAAAAGGAGUUAGAUUGGUGGGAGAAAACUAUUUUUUACCAGAUCUGUCCAAGAUCAUUUAUGGAUACUGAUGGAGAUGGAAUAGGUGAUCUUAAUGGAAUCACAUCUAAAUUGGAAUACAUAAAGGAGCUAGGUGUUGAUGCCGUAUGGAUUUCACCCUUCUUUAAAUCACCUAUGUACGAUUUUGGAUAUGAUAUAUCUGAUUUCUAUACUAUCCAUGAUGAGUACGGUACUAUGGAAGAUUUUAACAAACUUAUGUUCAAAGCAAAAGAAAUUGAUAUUAAGAUCAUCUUAGACCUGGCACCAAGUCACGGCAGCAAUGAAAGUUUAUGGUUUCAAAUGGCUCUUGAAGGCGAUAAGAAAUAUUUCGAUUACUUUGUAUGGGAAGAUGGAGUAGUUGAUGAAAACGGCAAACUACAUCCACCAAAUAAUUGGAUUAGUGUCUUUCGCAAAAGCGCUUGGGAAUACAGAGAAGAGACUGGUAAAUAUUACCUCCAUCAGAUCACCACUGCUCAGCCAGAUUUUAACUACCGGAAUCCUAACGUAGUUGAGGAAAUGAAGAAUAUUAUUCGCUUCUGGAUUGACAAGGGUAUAGCAGGAUUUAGAGUAGGAGCUAUCAACCAUCUGUUUGAAGUAGACAAGGAGAAACAUGGUGGGAAGUAUCCUGAUGAACCAUUGUCUGGUAAAAGCCUUGAUGAUCCAUUAAAUCAUGCUUAUCUGAAUCACAUUUAUACGAAGAACCAGCCUGAGUCUUACGAUAUGGUGUAUCAAUGGCGUGAUAUUUACGACGAAUACCAUGCAAAAGAUGGAUUUAGUAGAGUAAUGAUGAUUGAAGUAUAUUCAACGCCGCAUGAUACAAUGAAGUACUUCGGUGAUGGUGGCCGCAGUGGAGCUCAUAUUCCCUUUAAUUUCGCACUAAUAACUGAUGUUAAUGGAAGAUCUACUGCUAAUGACAUCAAAUAUGCUAUUGAUAAAUAUUUAACUUAUAAACCUAUUGAUAAACUGGCUAACUGGGUGAUUGGAAACCAUGAUCAAAGUAGAGUUGCGUCUAGAUUCAGUACAAAGUUAGUAGAUGCAAUGAAUAUGCUGUCAAUGUUGCUCCCAGGAAUAAGUGUAACAUAUAUGGGUGAAGAAAUCGGCAUGAUAGACGGUUAUGUCAGCUGGGAGGACACAGUGGACCCAGGCGGCUGCAAUUCUGACGAUCCAAUAAAUUACUGGAGAUAUUCUCGAGAUCCAAACAGAACUCCAUUUCAGUGGAACUCUGGCAAAAACGCUGGUUUCUCCACUGCAAACAAGACAUGGCUACCAGUCGCAGAAGGCUAUGAAAACCUGAACGUUGAGGCGCAGCGUGGAAUUGAGCGGUCACAUCUGAAUAUUUACAAGAAACUUGCUCGUCUUCGUAGAGAACCCGCAUUUAGAUAUGGAAGAUUCGAAUCGAUUGCUUUGAACGACGAUGUGUUUGCAUUCAGAAGAUGGCACGAUGGUGAGAUCUUCGUGAUUGUUGUCAACUUUAGAGAUGAGGUCUACACAGUUGACUUAAGUUACUUCGAGAACGUCGUUGGUGAUCUUAAGGUUGUUAUAGCCAAUGAUCACUCACAAAAAAACAAUGGGGACAUUUUAGAAGCAACCAACGUGAAAGUAGUCGGAAGAGAAUCCUUGGUGCUAAAAAUUAGAUAAGAAGAAAAUACAUUUAAAAUAUUUGCAAUAAAAACGUUUUGUAUUC